AUGAAGCCUCUCAUUAUGGUUUGUGCCUUGGCGGCUGGUGCGACGGCAGUGCCAAAGGCUCACAAUUAUCAAUUACACGAGCGUCGUGAUUUCCUCCCAAAAUCUUGGGUUGAAAGCAAAAAGCUCGAGGGCAAUGUUUCACUACCUGUGCGAAUUGGAUUGACCCAGUCUAACCUAGACUAUGGCCAUGAGCUACUUAUGGAUUUAUCUAACCCUAACUCGAACCGAUACGGACAGCAUCUGUCUAUCGAUGAAGUGCACGACUUGUUUGCUCCAACUCAAAAGAGUGUGAAUGAUUUUGAUGCCGAUGCCGAGGAGCUCGAGAAUUUGCUGCACACAAAGUAUUAUGUCUACUCACAUGCUGAAACGGGUCGAUCGCACGUGGCCUGUCGCGAAUAUCAUCUCCCGAGCUGUGUACGCGAGCACGUCGAUUAUAUCACCCCAGGAAUCUCUCUGCGGGAGGUGACUGCUGUCCCGAGAUCGAUCGACAAGCAGAAACGCUUCGCUGAUGGGAUUCCCCCGAUCACUGAGCCAAUCCCCCUACCAAUUGAGACGCUGUCGAGCGCGGCUGCCUCCUUUUGCGACCAGGCGAUCACACCCGAAUGCGUUCUAGAGAUGUAUAACAUAAGUGCGGGUCACUCUGCCACAGAAGGGAAUGAAUUGGGGAUCUUUGAGGACAUCGGGGAUGUCUAUGCCCAGGAAGAUCUAAAUUCCUUCUUCUCAAAAUUGUACCCGAAAAUCCCCAACGGUACACACCCAACUCUCAAGUUAGUUGAUGGCGGUGAGGCUCCUACAAAUACCUCCACUGCUGGGCCUGAAUCCGAUCUGGACUUCCAAAUCUCCUACCCGAUUAUCUGGCCACAAAACUCCAUCCUUUUCCAAACCGAUGAUAUGUAUUACGAGCGUCAUUAUAGAUUCAGAGGGUUCCUCAAUACGUUCUUGGAUGCUAUCGAUGGCUCGUACUGCAGUACGAUCUCGCCUUUGGACCCUCCCUACCCUGAUUCAAAUGAUGGAGGUUACAAGGGCUCUCUGCAAUGUGGCGUGUACGACCCACCCAAGGUUGUCUCGAUUUCGUAUGGCUCCUCUGAGGCGGACCUUCCCAUUUCCUAUCAGCGGCGACAGUGCGCCGAGUUCAUGAAGCUAGGUACAAUGGGAGUUUCAGUGAUAGUCGCCUCGGGCGAUUCUGGAGUGGCUGGACGUGGAGGCGACCCCACCCCUAGCAACUGCCUUGGCUUAGAUGGUAGAAUCUUUGCUCCCGAUUUCCCUGCCUCCUGUCCAUACCUUACUGCGGUGGGAGGCACUGAAAUUCCUACCGGUUCCUCGGCAGGAGAUCAUCUGGAGCAAGCCGUGACAAGGUACCCAUCAGGUGGCGGUUUCAGCAAUAUCUAUAAGGCGCCUGAUUAUCAGGCGCAGGCUGUUGCGGACUACUUUGCCUCGGCUAAUAUCCCAUACCCAUACUAUGAGAGUGUGGAUAAUAGUAGCUUCGGUGAGAAUAACGGUAUCUACAACCGGAUUGGACGUGCCUACCCAGAUGUUGCUGCUGUUGGUGACAAAGUCGUUAUCUACAAUAGAGGAAUGGCUGUGGCAAUUGGUGGGACAUCGGCCUCUGCACCUGUGUUUGCUGGAAUCCUCACCCGCAUCAACGAGGAGCGACUGGCUGCUGGUAAGUCCACUGUUGGGUUUGUUAACCCUGUAUUAUACGCUCACCCAGAGGCGUUCUUUGAUGUGACCAAGGGCACAAAUGCAGGUUGUAAUACUGACGGCUUCUCUGCGGCCAAGGGAUGGGAUCCAGUGACUGGAUUGGGUACUCCUAACUAUCCAGAACUUUUAAAGGUUUUCAUGGGCCAGUAG